AUGAAACUCAAUGAUACGGCCGCCUUCUCGCGGCUAACGGAGCGAAUCUUCCAAACGCUUCUCGACCUCCUCAUUCCCACCUAUUUGAUCCUCCGCACUUGCCUGUUGCCAGAUGUAGACGACCCCCUCGAUGAUGAGGUAUCUCUGGCUAGUAGCCACGACGACGACGAGACCUUGACUCAGAGCCUCAAGGUGCUCGAACAUGCAUCCACUGAACCACUUCCAGAGAAACCCGCGAAGGGAAAGUUUGCCAAGGUGCCCAUGGUUUGGCUUUCUCCUGAAAAGACAAGGGUUGGAUAUUCCAAAGCAUCACCAUUGGAGUUUGCGAAGGUGCCCAUGAAAUGGCUGCCUCCUGAAAAGCCAAAGCCUGCUGUGUUUGCCAAAGUCCCAAUGGCUUGGCUGCCUCCUGCAAAGCCAAAGCCUGCUGCAUUUGCCAAAAUCCCAAUGGCUUGGCUGCCUCCUCAAAAACCUAGACGUUCUGUGUUUACCAAAGUGCCCAUGGCUUGGCUGCCUCCUGAUAAACCCAGACGUUCUAUAUUUGUGAAAGUCCCAAUGGCUUGGUUGCCUGCUGAAACACCAAGGUCUGGUGCAUUUCCCAAGGUACCCAUGAAAUGGCUUCCUGGAAAACGGUCCCGGGCUCAUGCAUUUCCAAAGGUCCGCAUGCAGUGGCUUCCCACAGAUAAGUCCAGGCCAACAGCAUCUUUUGCUAAGGUGCCAAUGGCUUGGCUUCCAGCAACAAAACCCAAGCCAGCCAAGUUUACCAAGGUUCCAAUGGUCUGGUUGCCUGCAGAGAACUCUAGGCCUACUAAGUUUGCCAAGGUGCCAAUGGCAUGGCUACCUGGAAAACGGUCUCGGGCUCAGGCAUUUCCAAAGGUUCGCAUGGAGUGGCUUCCCACGGAGAAGACCAGGCCUACAGCAUCUUUUGCUAAGGUGCCAAUGGCUUGGCUUCCAGCAACAAAAACCAUGCCAGCCAGGUUUGCCAAGGUUCCAAUGGCCUGGUUGCCAGCAGAGAACUCUAGGCCUACUAAGUUUGCAAAGGUGCCAAUGGCCUGGCUUCCUGCUACAAGGCCAAGGCCUAUGGCAUUUGCCAAAGUCUCUAUGGAGUGGCUGCCUCCUUUGAAGCCCAGGGCUUUAGCAUUUGCCAAAGUGCCAAUGGCUUGGCUUCCACCAACCAAGCCCAAGAGGUUUGAAUUUACCAAAGUUCCAAUGGCUUGGCUGCCUCCUGCAACCCACAGGCCUUCUAAGUUUGAAAAGGUGCAAAUGGCAUGGCUACCUGCUGAAAAGCCAAGGCCAAUGAGUUUUGCCAAGGUACCAAUGGAGUGGCUGCGUCCUGACAAACCAAAGGGUUCGGAUUUUGCCAAGGUGCCAAUGGCUUGGCUUCCACCGGCAAAGCAAAAGCCUUCUAAGUUUGACAAGGUUCCCAUGGAGUGGCUGCCUCGUACAAAGCCAAAGUCAGCCAAGUUUACCAAAGUUCCAAAGGCUUGGCUACCAAGUGCCGGUAAUAACACUAUGCCUAACCAGUCUGCCCAGGUUCCAAUGGAAAAGCUUUCAGCAGAGAAGAUCAGACCUGCAGCAUUUGCCAAAGUGGCCAUGGCUUGGUUGCCUCCUGAAAAGAACAGGCCAACACCAUUCUCCAAAGUGCCGAUGUCCUGGCUUGAGCCGGACGACAUCCACAGGAUUCACCGUCAUCACGCAGACUUUGAUAGCGAGAAGAACAAGGCCCAUCAUGACGAGAUCACCAGAGUUCGUCCGGUUGAAGCCUGCAUGGAUGUCAAGUCGAGAGAUACCGUUACCCUGCAGCCGGUUGACAUGAUUGAUCCAAGUUGCGUCAUGGCAUUUGGAGGAAAUCCCAUUGGUGCCUGA